AUGUGGCUGGUUCUUCUCACAUAUCAACUUGCCAAAAUUCUUCUUGUCAAUGGCCAAAAUGCCUGUCCCGGACAGCCCACGUACAGGAGUCCAGCUAACUCAGAUAUCGACGUCAUUUGUGGAAGUCAGACAGUGAACCUCCAGAUCCUCCUGUGUCCACUCUAUUUCAGCGGAUACAAUGAGUCACUACUGGCCCUCAAUGCACAGCACUCUAAAAGCCAGUGUAGAGGCACAGCAGACUGGACAGCCAACCCGCCUGUUGUCAAGUUCAACUUUUCCAUCACAGAACGUGCCAUCGCUGACUGCUCCAGCACAAUGACUAUUACUGAGGAGGUAGGAAGUGGGAUGUUUGCAGCUUACUCCAAUGUUCAGUACGUCAACAUCUCAGGCAUGGUCUGCUCUGAGGACCAAACCGCAGGAACCAUCACUUACCACCUAGAGGCGAUAUACAAGUUCUCCUGUCGCUACCCACUGCAGUACCUGGUCAACAACACCAAGAUGAGCGUAACUGGAACCAAAGUGGCAAUCCGAGACAAUAACGGGAGCUUUAUCAGCACACUGAGCAUGCGACUCUACUCGGACAGAAACUUCACCACCAUGAUGCAGAUCCCUCCGACUGGCCUGGAGCUAAAGACCAGGAUCUUUGUAAAAGUAUUAGCAUCCAACCUCACCAGCAGGUUCUAUGUGCACCUCGACCGAUGUUGGGCCACGACCUCUCUGUACCCCGUCAACGUCUCAUCUUAUGAUCUUUUUGUUGGAUGUCAUCGGGAUGGUCAGACAGUGAUCACCACCAAUGGAGAGCAGCAGGAGGCCCGUUUCUCUUUUGAGGCUUUCCGCUUUGUCCAAAACACAAAUGCAGUGAUUUCCACCUAUUAUGUUCACUGUGCCACCAGGCUGUGUGUUAACACCAUCUGCCCAACACUCUCUCAGAACUGCACCUCUAACGGCUUGAGAAGGCGGCGCAGCGGCAACAACGACCAGGCAACGGAUGUAAGCGAUGAGGCCACCGUCAGCUCCGGCCCCAUCACCAUGCACAUCGAAAACGGGUACGUGCUGACAUCUGGAGAUGCUAAACAAACUGCCUGGAGCGAUACUUUGGUGGCCGUUGCAGUUGCAGCAGGAAUCAUUGGAGCCAUCUGCCUCUCUCUGGUGGCUUUCAUAGUUUAUCAGAGGUUCAACUCUAAAGCCAUAUUCAACAAGACAAGUCUGUACACACAGGAGUGA